AUGGCUAAGCGAUUCCAAGAUAAAGUUGUUAUUGUCACAGGCUCAAGUAAUGGGAUUGGCAGAGCUACUGCUCAGAAAUUCGCUGAAGAAGGAGCAAAAGUAACUAUCACCGGCAGAAACUCCGUGACCUUAAAACAAACAAGAGACAUCCUCAUUGAAGCAGGAAGCACAGAAGAUUGUAUUCUUGAAAUCAUCGGUGAUCUAGUUGACAUGAAAGUACAAGAGAAACUUAUAAAUGAUACAGUAGCUAAGUUUGGAGGAAUUGACGUGCUUAUUAACAACGCUGGCGGAGUUGCGCCUGACAUGACGAAUACCGAAAACUUCUUGAACAUCGAGUGCUUCGAUUAUGUUAUCAAUUUGAACACAAGAGCAGUGGUCAAUCUCAUGAACUUGGCAAUUCCUCAUCUCAUUAGAUCUAAAGGAGAAAUUAUAAAUGUUUCCAGUAUUGCAGCUUUCGAUUUUGCUUGGACCAGUGUUCCAUACUAUGCAGCUUCAAAAGCCGCCUUAGAUCAAAUGACAAGAGCCUACGCUGUUCGAUAUAUCCAAGAUGAUGUGCGCGUUAAUUCUGUCAACCCCGGAGCUGUACUCACUGCUAUCAUGGAAAAGCAAGGCAUCGAUGCAAGUGAAAUGUUUGAAGCCAUAAAAGAAGACAGAACAAAAAUUCCUGUUGGACGAAUAGGCCAGCCUAAAGAUAUAGCUGAAACUAUAGCUUUUCUAGCAGACCGUAAAACAUCAGGAUUCAUAGUAGGACAAUGUUUGGUUGUUGAUGGAGGAACCUCAAUUUGUAACACGAUGUCAACUGAAGCAAUCAAAACCAGUGACAUCAAAUGA